AUGGCCUCAGGUACAACAACUCACUCCUCCUCCAUACCAUACCAGGCGGGUGCCCAGUUUCGCAUUCGGGCCCAUGUCCCACCAGAACCCUUUGGCGGUGCCUAUGGACCAAACCCGCGACCCCAAGUGUCGGUUUGGCCAGAUAAUGUGCCCGCCCAACGUCUUCCAUUCGCUCUUCAGUACCCGCCUUUGGAAACGCCCCCGCCGCCAUCCGUGACUGAGCACACUUUUACCAUCACCGGCACGAAAACCUUGCGGCGUGUCGGGAUUGAUGACGGCGGCGCCCAUGUGGUUACCGGCCAUCUCGGUCAAAACAAAGCCGUGUCAUAUGUGGCCAAAAUCUACGACGGCCUUUCUUACCCGUUCGAGGAUCCGGAUAUGGGCUGGGACUUCAUGACGCUCGCUGAUGCCGACUACGCCGUCGAGGCCUGGGCUUACAAGACCAUACAGCCCGUUCCCACUGUCGGUGCCAAGGUUGUCCCCGAUUACCACGGUGCUUGGACAUUCUCGGUCGCCACCGAUGAGCCCGGCCGCCGGCGAUGGGUGCGCAUGCUCCUCCUUCAGCUCGUGCCUGGUGAAACCGUGUUCGACAAGAUUCUUAGGGCCACCAAAGACGGCGCAGUUCGGUACGACCUGUUACCUGACGAGAGCUUCCGUCUCCAUGUCCUGAAGAGGACGUUUGAGGCCGAGAUCUCGAUUUGGUGGGACGCUGAAGUUACACACGGGGAUCUGGAACCGCGGAACGUCAUGGUCCAGGGUGACGGUAGCGUGGUACUCAUUGAUUUCAACCAAGCCGUUGUCCACCGCUUUCAGAAGCAUUGGCCCCAUGCAAAAUACUCCAAGAAAGCACAUCACCUCCCCCCUUCACCCAUCAAGCGUCGCUGGCCCUUCGCACCUGGCGGGGCCAACUUCGCCAACAACGAGGAGCGCGACGGCCCAUGGGCAAGGUGGAUUCCCCAGAGCUGGCUCGGCAACAAAGAGCUGGCAGCCGAAUGGUUGCUGAAAACGUGGGGGAAUCCUCCUCCAAACAAGUAUGCGCCGCUGCCCAAGUAUUUCCUCGACCAUCCAGCCCACAAGGAGAGAGGGCCGGAGCUGAUUGCACUGUUGGAGAAGCUGGGACGCAAACCAGCCGAGAAGAAGUGA